AAAAUUUAUAUGAUAUAGAUAUGACAGCUAAUGCGGUGGAAAAACGUUGGUUGUCAUUAAGAGAUAUGUUCAGUAGAGAAUCUAGAAAAAAGUUAUUGCCAUCGGGAUCAGGUUAUCAACCUAAAAAAGAAUGGGAACUAUACAAAAUGAUGCUUUUCUUAUCUCCUCAUAUAGCACACAGACGAACAAAAACGUCACUACCAUGCCGAUUGAGUUGUUUAGUACCCUCGGAGACUGAAAUAAAUAAUUCUUCAAGUUUUGAUGGAUCUGUUCCUUCUCCAAUAGCAGACUAUGACAAUAUUGAAAGUGAGAAAGAAAAUAACAUAUCAAACGAAAAUGAAGUGAUUAUGACAGUCGAUUAUCAAUCUGAAUCAAGUCCUCCUAGUGUAUUAUCUAGCUUUUCCUGUAGCAGUAGUUCAUCUAACAUAUCUAAGAUACACUUUCCGAGAACAUCAAAUUUUGGUACACAGAAUGCAAUAAGUCCUCUAUUUAAGAGUAUAAAAAGUGUUACGCCUGAAUUGGAUACUUUUGUAAAACGUCGAAAACAAAAGGAUCUACUAAUUGAUCAACAAUUAUCUGAAGCGUCUUCUGCAAUAUAUAUCUCAUGCUCAGCAGAUGCAACUAUGUUUGCUCCAACUCGUCCCAAAGAAGCAACAAAACCAUAUUACUUCUUACUGAAUUUCUCCAAUUUCCUGCUAUUACUUCACCAUUAG